AUGCAGCAAGAGAAUAUCCUAUCAUCUCCACCUUUGGUAGAGGGUGUGGCUCACGGAAACGUCGCAAGCAUGUCCCAUGGUAAGCCAGACAGCCCGCCAUUCACCUCCAUUACGAAGCCUCACACCUCUAUAGACGAUAUUCUGCCGCGUCAUAUUCAAGAAUACAACCCCCCUCCAUUCGAGGCCCUGGUCCCGAAGGAGUUGCGAGAAAUUAUUUGGAAGUAUUUGCUCCCCGGCCCUCGAAUUGUGAGAAUCGAUAUGGCCGAGCAUCCAAUCCGGGCUCCAGCAGAUCGGCUGCAAUUAGAGGCAGUGACCGACUCAAACCCUGUUCCGACGCCAAUUUUUCACAUCUGCAGCGAAUCUCGAAAGCUGGCCCUUAAGCACUAUGAAUGCGCCUUCAAGGAACAACUCAGUGGCAAGCCUAUCUAUUUCGACUUUGAAAUAGACACACUUUACUUCCCAAACCCCGUAGAACUAUGCGCAUUCAACUGGUUCAUACGAAUCAGUCCACAUAUGGCAAUAUCUCAAAGAAGGGAUACCGGGUGGCAUGGAAAACUCAAAUUCUUGUCCCUUGGUAGUCAUUAUUUCUGGUGCGAGGGCAAAGCUAUCUUCAGGGAAUUAGUUGCUUUGGAGAUGAUAACUCGAGAGGAGGGGGUGGCGAGGAGCAUUGCGCAGCGUCGAGGCAUUCGAACAACCCGACCGGUCCAUGAACAGCUUCGGAGUGGCGUAAUGGAUUCGUUCGAUCGCUAUUUAAAGUCCUUUUGGGCCAAAGAGAUCGCUGCCGGACACAGAGCUACGGCUCCCGAACACGCCUAUCUUACGAGUAUACAACUUCAGACGAAAGCUGAUAUGCUAAAGCAUGGGAUGUGA